AUGGAGGUGGAAAAGAAACCACCACACAAGGUGGAGAAGAAGAAGAGACGAUGGGAUGAAGAGACAUGGGUGGAGACGGCAGUGGAGAGCAGGUUGUGUAAUGUCUAUGCCACAAUCGUUUCUCAUGAUGGCCGAGCCAUUACCAUUGAUGGUCACCGCCGAGUUCUCCUUUCUGGUUCGAUUCAUUAUCCUAGAAGCACUCCUGAGAUGUGGCCGGAUCUUAUCAGAAAAAGUAAAGAAGGAGGUCUUGAUGCGAUCGAAACAUAUGUCUUCUGGAAUGCGCAUGAGCCUACUCGCCGUCAAUAUGAUUUUUCUGGAAAAUUAGAUCUUAUUCGAUUCCUGAAAACCAUUCAAGAUGAAGGAUUGUAUGGUGUUCUUCGCAUAGGACCAUAUGCAUGUGCUGAGUGGAAUUACGGAGGAUUCCCAGUUUGGCUGCACAACAUGCCUGGAAUGAUGUUCAGAACUACAAAUAAAGCAUUUAUGGAUGAGAUGCAAAACUUCACAACUAUGAUAGUAGACAUGGUCAAGAAAGAAAAUUUAUUUGCAUCACAAGGAGGCCCAAUUAUUCUUGCUCAGAUAGAAAAUGAGUAUGGAAAUGUAAUGGGACCCUACGGAGAAUCGGGUAAAGCAUACAUUAAGUGGUGUGCAAACAUGGCUCAGUCUCUUGAUGUUGGUGUUCCGUGGAUAAUGUGUCAACAAAAUGAUGCUCCUCAGCCUAUGUUGAAUACAUGUAAUGGAUUUUAUUGUGACAAUUUUGUACCAAACAAUCCCAACACUCCUAAGAUGUGGACUGAGAAUUGGACCGGAUGGUUUAAGCAAUGGGGUGGCAAAAAUCCCCAUAGAACAACCGAAGAUGUUGCAUUUUCUGUUGCAAGAUUCUUCCAAAGAGGAGGAACUUUUAAUAAUUAUUAUAUGUACCAUGGAGGCACCAACUUUGACAGAACUGCAGGUGGUCCAUACAUCACAACUUCAUAUGAUUAUGAUGCUCCCCUUGACGAAUAUGGUAAUUUGAAUCAACCAAAAUACGGGCAUUUGAAACAACUUCAUGAUGUUCUUCACUCGAUGGAGAGAACUCUCACGUACGGAAACAUCUCCACCAUUGACUUUGGAAACUCUGCAUCGUCAGAUGCAACAAUUAGUUUCCAAGGAGAAUCUUACGUUGUCCCGGCUUGGUCUGUUACCAUUUUACCGGAUUGCAAAAAUGAGGCUUAUAACACCGCAAAGAUUACCACUCAAACUUCAAUGAUGGUUAAGAAGCCAAAUGAAGCUGAGGAUACCCCUUCAACUCUUAAAUGGUCAUGGAGACCAGAGAACGUGGACAACUUCCUUUUGAAAGGAAAAGGAGAAUCUACACAGACACAACUAUUUGAUCAGAAAGUAGUAACCAAUGACCAAAGUGAUUAUCUAUGGUACAUGACUACCGUUAAGUUUAAAAAACGAGAUCCAUUUUCGGGUAAAAACAUGUCUCUUCGCGUCAACAGUACUGCUCAUGUCCUUCACGCUUUUGUCAAUGGAAAACAUAUUGGUAGUCAACACGCUGAGAAUGGUAAAUUUAACUAUGUAUUUGAGAAAGAUGUGAAGUUUAAGUCUGGUCGUAAUGUCAUUGCUCUUCUUAGCAUAACUGUGGGACUUGCGAACUAUGGUGCUUUCUUUGAAAGUAAGCCGGCUGGAAUCACUGGACCCAUUUUUAUUACUGGAAGAAAUGGUGAUGAAACUAUAGUUAAGGACUUGUCUGCUCAUAAAUGGGGCUAUAAAACCGGUUUAAUUGGGUUUGAGAGCCAACUCUUUAGAACGGAAUCAAUGUCUAAAUGGUCAGUUGAAAGUGUACCGUUUAACCGAACCAUGACAUGGUAUAAGACUACAUUCAAGUCUCCCUUGGGAAAUGAUCCGGUUGUUGUCGAUCUUAUGGGACUUGGAAAAGGUACAGCUUGGGUAAAUGGAAACAACAUUGGACGUUAUUGGCCGGCAUUCAUUUCAAGCGAAAAUGGUUGUGAUGCAAAAUGUAAUUAUAGAGGUGCUUAUCAUGCUGAAAAAUGUCUGACCAAUUGUGGUGAACCCACACAAAGAUGGUACCAUGUUCCUCGUUCUUUCUUGAAUGCAGAAGGAGAUAACACACUAGUUUUGUUUGAGGAGAUGGGAGGAAACCCAUCGCUUGUCAGUUUCCAAACUACUAGAGUGGGAAGUGUAUGUGCUAACGUCUACGAGAAAAAUAUUAUUGAGCUUUCAUGCGAUAGAAAACCAAUUUCUGCCUUCAAAUUUGCAUCCUUUGGUAACCCAGAUGGCGAUUGUGGAUCUUUUGUAAAAGGAACUUGUGAAUCAAGUAAUAACACGGUUGAUAUUCUCACACAAGAAUGCGUUGGAAAAGAGAAGUGUUCCAUUGAUGUCUCAACGGAAAAGUUUGGAGCACCAGAUUGCAGUGGUGUCAGAAGGCUCGCCGUCGAAGCUAUAUGCUAA